UGAUUGGGAGGCGAUUGGAACACCUGAAUCACAUGAUAUGGGGGGGAUUGGAACACCUGAAUCACAUGAUACGGAGGGGAUUGGAACACCUGAAUCACAUGAUUUGGAGGGGAUUGGAAAACCUGAAUCACAUGAUAUGGAGGGGAUUGGAACACCUGAAUCACAUGAUUGGGAGGGGAUUGGAGCACCAGAAUCACAUGAUAUGGAGGGGAUUGGAACACCUGAAUCGCAUGAUAUGGAGGAGAUUGGAACACCUGAAUCACAUUAUUGGGAGGCGAUUGGAACACCUGAAUCACAUGAUAUGGAGGGGAUUGGAACACCUGAUUCACAUGAUUGGGAGGUGAUUGGAACACCUAAAUCAUAUGAUAUGGAAGGGAUUGGAACACCUGAAUCACAUGAUAUGGAGGGGAUUGGAAAACCUGAAUCACAUGAUAUGGAGGGGAUUGGAACACCUGAAUCACAUGAUAUGGAGGAGAUUGGAACACCUGAAUCACAUGAUAUGGAGGGGAUUGGAACACCUGAAUCACAUGAUAUGGAGGAGAUUGGAACACCUGAA